UUCAGUCAUUGAAUGAUAGUCAAAGAGAACACAUCAAUUUUUCCCUUAAAUAUUUCCAACUAAACUAAGAAUGUCUUCGGAAUAUUGGAAUUCCAAAGUGGCGGUGGUGACUGGAGCCUCAGUGGGAAUUGGGGCCCACAUUGCCAUAAAGCUUGCAAAUGCUGGCAUAACUGUUGUAGGUUUGGCUAGACGUUCAGACCUGAUAGAGAAUCUCAACAAAGAUGUCUUGGAAAGUGGUGCCAAAAUUCAUGCUUAUCACUGUGACUUCACCCAAGAGCAAAGUAUCGAUGAAGCUUUCAAAUGGAUAGCAGAGAAAUUUGGUUCCAUCAGCAUUCUGAUUUGUAAUGCUGGCAUAAUAAAGGCCAACUUUGUCAUUGAAUCUUCCAAUGCUGAAAUUAAGGAGUUAUAUGAUUUGAAUGUAUUUGCCACAACCAUUUGCCUACGUGAAGGUUUAAAGUUGAUGAGAACUCCGGAAAAUCAUAGGGGACACAUUAUUGUAUUGAACAGCAUUCUAGGACAUCGCAUACCGGAUGUGGCCGUGCCCCUAUUCAGUGUUUAUCCUGCCACAAAACAUGCGAUUACGGGUCUGUGUCAGACAGUGCGUCAGGAAAUACAUUUCCUUAAAUUAAAUAUCAAAUUAACGAGCAUCAAUCCCGGCAUGGUGGAUACAGAUUUCCUCAGUGUUUACUCACACACACUAGACGACCUGCCGAAGCUGAAUGCAAUGGAUGUUGCCAAUGCAGUUAUGUAUGCACUUGAGACACCGAACCACGUUCAGGUCGAAGAUGUAACACUGCAAGCCAUGCGGCUUCACAAUGCCGGUAGCAACCACAAUUGAGAGAGUGGUAAAGGGCCAGCCCGGCUAUCCACUUUAUAAACAAUCGCCCCAAAAAUACUCAUACAUGCACAGGCAGCCACAAAAGGGCGACAAGAGUUUAAUGCAGAAAAUAAAAAUUAAACUUACGGCAAAACGCUGUAGCUUUAUUAAGUUCGAUGGUUUUUAUUAGAUAAACAAAACAUUGUAAACAUACAUAUCACAUUAUUGUUGCACCACUACAUAAACGAAAGGUCUUUGCACGCGGGUAAAUUCAUUAAAUAAACAACAACACUUUCAUUCACAAA